CUGCAAUCCAGAACCAUUGACUGUGCUUUGACUGUGAUAUCAUCUCAUUUCCCCGUGCAUCACGAGCUGUUACACUGAGACCGCCACAGCCGCCAACUACUUCCGACUUCCGUCUCGGCUGCAUCGAUCUAUCAGCUCACCAAAUUAAUAUUGGAUAUAACAUUUCCGGGUCCUAAAGAACAAUCAAGAUGGCAGCUGAGCAACAGCGCCUAACUGGCGAUGCCCUCAUUACUUCCGAGGACCCUAACCAUCCUGCCAACCUGAUCCCUUCGCUAUGCGCAAAGUUCUGGACAUUGGGCUGGGUCACGGGUACUGGAGGUGGCUGCUCUAUUCGAGAUGAUGAUCUCGUGUACAUCGCCCCCUCAGGCGUGCAAAAAGAGCUUAUGAAAAACACCGACAUUUAUGUCAUGGCCCUCUCUGAGCAGGACCCCAACCACAACAAGCUCAACCAGCGCACAUAUCUGCGAUCCCCUCCCUGCUACAAGCCUUCUCAGUGCACUCCCCUGUUCCUUGCUGCGUUUACCCGCCGAGGAGCUGGUUGCUGCAUCCACACUCACUCACAAUGGGCCGUCCUCGUUACCCUCCUGCUUGAGUCUCAGGGCCCAGGAAAGGACCGUGUUUUUGAGAUCAACAACAUUGAGCAGAUCAAGGGUUUUGGUCGUGGCAUGAACAAGACAGGCAACUUGGGUUACCAUGAUACCCUUCGCAUUCCUGUCAUCGAGAACACCCCUCAUGAGGAGGAUCUGACUGAGUAUCUCGAAGAGGCUAUGGACAAGUACCCCGACGCAUAUGCUGUUCUUGUCCGUCGUCAUGGUGUCUACGUCUGGGGCGAUAAUGUCCACAAGGCUAAGACUCAAUGCGAGAGUCUCGACUACCUCUUCCAACUCGCUGUCGAGAUGAAGAAGCUAGGUCUUCCAUGGAUCAGCGAGGUUGAACAGAUUGCCCCUCAGCGAACAUAGAAAGGAGAGGUAUAUCUUAGACCUUCAUACUCUGAUCAAUAGUAUGCAAUGGGUAUAUACGGAACGAUUGGAGCAGGUGGCUCAUCAUGGUAAAAAUUAGGCGCUCGGAAAAGAACACCAUAUUUUAAGGCUAGUGAUUUAGCAUGUGAUCAUCAAGGUUACAAGCAAUGUCGUGCAUGAAGGGGGAAAAGAAGAUGUCUGAGAUUGUGAUGAAUGACGUUCGUAUACACAGCGAGCCUCAUAAAUGCCCAUAUAUCUAGUUGUCAUGAUACUAACGACAUGGUUACGCAGACCAAGAAACUCCGCAUUUGCUGACGUGAAAUUAAACGACUGUUUCUCUAUAGUUCGUCUCUAGAGCGUUCUUGUUCAACAACCUCAGGCUCUUCCCACAUCCUCUUCUUUGGGUUCCUAACAUUAUCCUCAUCGCCCUCAGGAAUAUUUCCAAGCUCAUCCGCAUCCCUAAUAACAUUUACAAUCUUGUCCACCUCCUCCAAGAUUUCAGCUUCUUCACCAGUCUCAACUUGAAUCGUUGGCAAUUCAUCACCAGGCAGACCCUCGACGGGAACACCCUUGCUUGGCUGUCCAGCCUCUUCCACCUUGCCCGAUCCAGACCCGGCGUGCAUCACUGCGCUGCCAGCUGAGGUCCCCAGCCCAAACAUUAAUCUCAGAGGCAGCCAGACAAGCCACCACAUAGGCCCAUACAGCAAUCUUCGGAAGAGUAACCACCCGAGUGUUAUACCCAGCAUGUAAAACGCCGUUUGGAGAUACCACGUAUCACUCUUCUGCGAGCGCAGCAAAGUUCCCAACAAAUCCUUCGAGCUAGCCAGCAUCGAAUCCAAAUCCGUAUACGAUUCGUUUAGUUGCUUCAGCGCAGCAGAUGACUCGGUGAGCGUCUCGUGCGCAAACUCGCUGCGCGCCAGCUCCGCCUGAAUCAGAUCAUGGGUGCGCCGCAGAGCAUUAGUCACAUUGGCGCUCGCUCCGACGGUCUGCUGGUCCUCUUCGGUAAGGCUGGAUUGCUGCUGCUGAGGGUGGUGGUGAUGGUGUUGAGGACGGUUGGACUUUUCGUCGUCGGGGUAGAGAGAGUUGUUCUCGGAUGCUGGUUGCGAGAAGGAUGUAAGGAGUAGCUCGCGUUCUCGCCUUUGCGCCUGCGCAAGGCUAUGUUUCGCCGCUAAUCGUGCUUUUCGAAAGGAUAGGCGA